GAGGAAGCAUCCGAGGAUUCGAGGACAAAGCCUCGAAAGUCCAAGAUGUCACAGAGCACAGAGACCAACACAGCCCUCAAGCCGCAGCGGCCUUCCUAUCGGCCCCUGUUCCACACUUUUACGCAGGCGGAUUUGGCUUUGAAGCAGCGGGCUGCUGAUGUGGAGAGCAAGCGAACGCGGCGCCUUUUUCAGGCCAAGAGCUCGCUCGAAGGUAUCGAGCACGAGGAAGAGAGGCGCAGCCGUCUUCAACGAAUGAUUGACCACCCGGCAUUCGAUUCGUUCUUCGCGCUUCUUGUGGUGACGAACACGAUCUUCAUUGGCAUUGAGGUCCAGGAGACGAUCGCGAACCCUGGGGUCCGACCUACGAUCUUCUUUGUGGUGCAGUAUAUGUACACAGCUUUGUUCACAUUCGAGCUGGUGCUGCGAGUCGUGGCUGAAGGGCUCCGAAUUUUCAUCGACGAGGAGUGGAUGUGGGCCUGGCUGGAUCUGGUGGUGGUCGCAAGCAGCCUCGCCGAGGUGGGCUUCAACAUCGUUGAGGCACAGGUUGGGACGGACGUGUCAGGCCUCCGCGCCUUCCGCGUGAUACGGAUCACCCGCUUUUUAAAAACACUUCGGCUGGUCAGGGUCUUCCGAUUUGUCAUGGCCUUGAGGACUCUGAUCACAUCUAUUCUGUAUACGCUGCGAUCCCUAUUUUGGGCACUGGUGCUGCUGGCACUUAUCAUCUACGUUUUUUCGGUGCUCCUGGCACAGGCGGUCAGUGAUCAUCUGGCGGACUCUUCCGCCCUGGACGAAGCUCUCGUCGUAUCGGCGACAAAGUAUUUUGGCUCCUUGCCCCACACAAUGCUCAGUCUCUUCAAAGCCAUCUCUGGUGGUGUGAGUUGGGAGGAAGUCCUGGACCCCUUGGAAAAGAUCUCGAUGAUCUGGGUAUUGGUCUUCCUCUUCUACGUUGCGUUUACGUACUUCGCGGUUCUCAACGUGCUGACGGGCGUGUUCUGUCAGAGUGCUAUAGAGAGUGCCCAGAAUGAUCACGCCAAUGUGGUGCAGUCGAUGCUUGCCAACAAGGAAGCCCACGUCGAGAAGAUCCGCGCUCUGUUCAGCAAGCUGGGUGCGGACAGGGAUGGCAUCAUUACGUACUCCAUGUUCGAGGAGGGGGUGAACUCCCAGGCCGUUGUGGAGUACUUCGAGACGCUAGGCCUCGACGUUUGGGAUGCUUGGUCAUUCUUCAAACUCCUAGACCUCGAUAGUGGUGGAGCUGUCGAGAUAGAAGAGUUCUUCAAAGGUUGUCUGCGGCUGCGUGGUCAGGCAAGGGGUGUGGAUGUUGGAAAGCUCAUUCACGACCAGAGCUGGCUGAUCAAAAACCAGGGACACUUCCAGACCUACAUGGAGACAAAGAUGCAGCAGGUGCUGGCCAUGCUCUCUACGGUGACAGGCCUUCGCAUGGACGAUCCUGCAGAUGCUGGGUGGGUGAGAGGCAUAACCCCUUUUAAGGACAAUAGCUUCUCAGCUGCCCUGAAGAACGGGGACAGCAGAGUUAGCAAACGCAACGCCGCAAAUCCUGUGCCUCGCCUGCUUGUGGGCUACGGGGACCAGGAGUUGAUACUCGUAGGAUUCAUG